GUUUUUGUGACUUGUCUUGGUUUCUGGUUUUCCCCUCCUCUCUCUCUCUGUUUCUCGGUGCAUUUUCUAUUUUCCCCUUUCCGGGAAAGUUUUGUCAGAUUCGGGAAAAAAAAAAAAUUCAAAACUUUCGUUUGAUCUUCAUCAAAGUCUCAACCUUUCGAUUCUCUAUUUGCUUCCGAAUUAAAAAAAAUCCGAACUUUGAGAUCGGAUCUUCUUCUUCAUCUCAAUUACCUGAGAAAGUUCUUAACUUUACAUUGAGAUUCACCUGAGAAAAACAGAAUCCGAUUCCUCUGGAUCGACGAAGAUCGAGAACGAUGAAGCCAUCAUCAGCUUCGUUAGACAGCUGGAGGGAGUACUUCCGGCGAGGAGAUUCCGACAUCUUCGGGAUCAUCGAUCACGCCAUCAUGGUCGCCGCCGCCGAUUGCCCCAACAGAUUCAAAUCGAGGAGAGACAAAAUCGCCGAGCUUCUCUUCUCCUGCAGAGUCAAUCGCUGCACCGGUUGCGACCACGUGGAGCUAUCUGUCCCAUCCGGAGGAGACGGCGAGGAGGAGGAGGCUAAUAAUAUUGGAGAUGCGGCGGUUGAUGGUGGCGAAGAAGCUGGUGGGAGUAAAGAGAGCAAAGCUAAUAGCAGCAGAGGAGAUAACAAUCAUACUUAUGAUGAUGAAGCCGAGGCUUUGAGCGAUGCGAUUGAGGAGUUUUCUAUGGUGUCUAAGGAAGUUUGUAGGAUUAAAGAGAUCUUACUCAACAAAGACGUUGAGUCACACUCUGUGAUACUUGAAUCCCUAAGGAAGCUGAAGCUGAUGUCUUUGAAUGUGGAUAUCCUCAAGAGUACUGAGAUCGGAAAGGCUGUUAAUGGAUUGAGGAAACAUGGUUCUGAUAAGAUUCGCCAGCUUGCAAAGACUCUCAUUGCAGAGUGGAAGGAGAUUGUUGAUCAAUGGGUGAGCACUACAAAGGAAAUAGCUGGUGCUGAAGGUACACCAGAGUCUGCAAAUCCAUCUGUAGUUGAUGAAGAUGAAGAAGAAGAAGAAGCGUUUCCAUCUCUUCCGUAUGAUGUUGAUAUCUUUACACCAGAAGCUAACGGAUUCGAAAUGCUAAAUGGAGACUUCUUUGAUUCCUUGGACUUUGAUGGAAAUCUUUGUAACUCUGGGGACUACAACACAAGCCGAGAAAAGGAAAGGAGACCACAUAAUGUCGCCAAGAGAAGACCUGAGGGAACACAAACGAGGAUACAAGACGCUCCUUUUAGAUCUAUCAAGCCAUCAUCACAUGCUGAUGAGACUAGGAGACCUCUUAAGCCAAAUACAGAACAAAGGAUGAAGAACGAAAUGGUAUCUGUUCACAAGUCCGAGAAGCCUAUGAUCCCAAGGAGGAAACCACUUGCAAGACCUCCACAAGAAAAACUUAAAGGUCUUGACGCAGACGCAAAGUUUGAGUUUGCAAAGAGGAAACUUCAAGAGAGCUACCAACAUCAUGAGAACGCCAAGAAGCAGAGAACAAUACAAGUACUCGAGACGAUCCCAAAGCAAGGUAACGCUCAGAAACCGCAACUCAAGAGACCUGGAAUGAACAACAGGAACUGGGCAAACGGUCGUAAAUAGAGAGACAUUAUUAUUACAUGCAACAUUACCUACCACAAAUAUCAUCUCUGGUGAAAUAAACAAGCAGAGGAGAAACGAGCAGAUUCCACACAACUCAACUUUUCUUUCAGACAGACUAGACUGUUUACUCUUCUGUUUUGUUACUUUCUGUGUUCUUCUACUACUACUAGUACUACUACUACAUUCUUGAGACU